CUCCUCCCAAAGAUCCUAUAGCUGUCGGAUCUUUGCUCCCUCCCUCCGCUGCCGCGUUGGUGCCGCCAGUGCGGGUGCAGCGAGGAGCGGCGCCGAGGGCAAUGAGCUGCUACCUGCGCCGGCUACUGCGUGCUUGUUGACCGACCGGCCGCCUCACUUCUUCCCUCACACCCCCCCCCUGCCUCUUGGGUUAUAUGUUGGGCCAGGAACCGCUGCAAACUGGAGAGCAAGCACGGGCAGCUGGAUGUGCAGUAUAAAGCGGCGACCCCGCAGAAGAAGAUGAAGAAGCGAAAGGAGCUUAACGCGCUCAUUGGUCUCACCGCCGACGGCAAGAAAAAGAAGCCAAAGAAGAGCUCCGGGCACCAGUUACUGCUGAGGACCGAGCCCACGGCCUCCGAUUCGGAAUCCACCUCUGAUUUCGAUGAGUUCACCGAACCGGCCACCGGAUCCAUGUUCGCAAAGGGAGGCUAUGUGAAAUGCUGCAAGAUUUGUUAUCCGCUGUGUGCAUUUGUUAUGCUAGCUGCUUGUGUAGUAGCUUGUGUUGGGUUGGUCUGGAUGCAGGUUGCUCUCAAGGAAGAUCUGGAUGCACUGAAAGAAAAGUUCAGAACAUUGGAAUCUAGUCAAAAAACUUCCUUUAGUGACAUUCCAAAGCUAAAUGAAGAUCUCCUUGCAGUCCAGAAAGAUCUUAUUAACCUUGACACUGGAGACAAAGGAAUUAGAAAAAUAUGGACCAACAUCACAGAACUAAAUAAGCAAAUUACUGAACUAAAUUCAGCUGUUGCCCAUUUAAAGGCCAAUGUCAAAUCAGCAUCAGAACUAAUCAACCUUCCAGUCACUGUGGAAGAACUCCAGAAGAGUGUUGCCACAAUUGGGAGCACACUUACUAGUGUGCAGCAUGACGUUGAUACUAUUAAAGCAGCUUUAGAGGAUCAGAAGAAAAAAAUGGAGACACUUCAGCAAAAUGAGGAAAUAUCGGACCUGCAGGAUGAAGUAAAUGAGUUAAAUGCCACCCUCUUAUUUUACCACACACAUAAUGACCAAAAGCUCCAUCACAUUGAUUUACUUGUUGGUAAUCUGAGCCAGAAAGUUACUGUGCUGGAGGGAAAUGUUCUAAAUGUCGGUACUGUUUCUAAACUAAAGAACAUAAAUGGCACAAUGCAAAAUGACAACACUCAAAUGCCAAACAUUAAGGAAAGGUUGAAGAUUAUGGUGAAUGCUCUCACCAACAAAUCAGAUAAUCUAGGCAACGUUACUGUAGUCAAUGAUCAAGGUAACACAAGCUCAACUUCUACCAUGAAACCUUUAGUUUCUCCAAGGUUCCCAGUAAAACCAGUAGCUAAUAAAAACAGGAAAAGGAAUGUCAAAUUAAAGCACCUGUCUUUACCUGGGAUUACCAGUUUAAAAGCUCUGCAGGACCUGUUCCUUAAAUCUACUGAUGGCCAACUUUCUUAUCAAGAUCUGUACAAUUUAUUUGGUACUAAAACCCCUGAUCCAGAAGAACUUCGUCAGUUUGAUUCAAAUAACGAUGGAAAAUUCUCACAAACGGAACUCAUUGAUGCAAUUGGUUCCUAGAGGACUAAAUAUAUCUAAUUGGACGUGAAGUUUUUAAAAGUGAAGUCAUGACUUCCAAUUGCUAUAAUUGCACCUUAAACAGAUUGCAAAAUCUGCUUAGUACUUAGAAUAAAUAUCCUUAAAAUUACCUUUGGGUUUGCCAAAACGUUGUUUUAAUGAAACAAUCUGGAUUCAAUUCAGUUUGAGGAAUAAUGGUUGAAGCAUUCAGGAUAAAAUCUUUGUUUAAAUAUCACACUCAAAAUAAAGUACAGGUAGCUGGUUAAACUAUUCAAAAUCAAACUACUGACAGGUUCUUAAAAAAAAUUGGAUAAAAUAGGUUUUGUUGAUUUUCAAUUAAAUUGGUGGAGAUUCAAGUAAAUUAAUUUCCCCCCCCCUCUCCCCAUAUAUAACUAUCCAGGGGGUUCAAAAUUUCCAUUAUUUUCAAUGGAAACACAAUUACUUUGGACAGCCUUGAGGACUAAAGUAUUUUGUGAUUGAUUAUAUUGAGACUUGCAAUUUCUGUUCUACAGGCAUCGCCAGCUUUGAAAAUGUUCAAAGAUCAACAAGUGUCCUGCAUGUGUAACACAGUAAAUGCAACCACUUUUGUGCAAGCAAUUAAGACUGCUUUCAUUUUGGUUCCAUGCAUUACUGCUUGGGCCCCACAAUGUGUGGAGUGCAAGGGGUUGGUGAUAAAAUUAAACGUGCUGGUUUUACUAACACUGGCUAUUAGGAAGGUGCACUGUGAAUCUGGCAAGUUUACGUGAAGUUACUGGUGUCAGUCAGACCACUGAAGCACACUGACACAGUUCAAAACCAGUAUAUAGGUCUUGGAAACAAAUGCUGCAUUUUUUGUCUUUAUGUUUCUAUUCAUUGAAAUGUUCUUAUCUUGUAAACCAUUCCAUAGUUUAUUUAAGAACUGGGGUGUCUUUAACAUAAGUGUCGCAUUAAGGUCUCUUGGUUGCUGAAGUUCAGUUAGAAAAUUAAUUUGUUUUUACAGUUUGAGUCUGAAAACAGCUGCAACAGUGUUUAACUUACUUCAGAGCAAACACACACACUUGGUGGUUUACAGGACUAUAGAACUUGUAUGAAGUUUUCUUUAACUUGAAUAAUUUGACAAUGCUUCUUUUGAAUGAUAUAAAAUAAUUGUAUAAUAUAAAUGUAGAUACAACAUUAUAUUUCUAAUGUUGAAAUAAAUAUGCAUAAAAAUCAGCAGCUGAUAUCUCUCGCACAUGCUUAGCAAUAAAGUAAUAUUUUGGGCCAGGAUUGAGAUUUCAUUUGGUAUUGACUUUAGCUCCCAAGACAAUAUAACAUUCUGAAUGAAAUGCUCACUUUCAAUGCAUUUCACAAGUGCAUUUAAGGCAACUUAAGAGUUUUAACUGUCAAUACUAAAAGGCUGGAUUUCCUGGUUCCUGGAUGCCAUCUUUAUAUCAAAUCAUAGUAUUUUGUGGACAAAUUUUUAAUUAAAAUUUUAACUUUAUUGCAACUAAUAGAUCUUGUCCAAUAAUGGCCUCUUUAAUUAUAGUAGCAAUAAGAGAUCAACUUUUCCAGUACGUGAGGGUAUUAUUCAGUUUUGCAGAGAUUUGUCAAAGAGUUGAUCUAAUUUUGUAAAAUGGGUACAGGGAGAAAAUGUAAUUCAAGUUGUUUGCACUUUUGGUUGUUGGCUAAUUUAUUUACAUAUUAUAACCCCAUGCUGGUGAUGUCUAAAGCUGAACACUGGAAAAGUGCUCUAAAUAAGACUGCUUUGGAGCUGGAACAUUUUAUACGGUCAUGUACAUGGUGAUUCAUAAAUGUCUUGUGAAACUUAAUGUUUAAUUACUCCUUUUGUUGUAUACAAAUUACAAAAUAUAUUUUUGAGAUGUUAUUCGUACAAUAAAAGGGUUAGUUGUAUUAAAGUAACAA